UUCGCCAAAAUUUGAAAUCACCCUCCGCUCUGUGGUUUUAGCUGUUGGAAACAUUCUGGUUGAAACUAAAGUUGUUUGACGUCUAUUUUAACUAUACAAUGGAACCGCUUAGCAAAGACUCCAUCAAAAUGUACUCUUAUGAGAACAGACUGAAAACUUUCGAGGGGUGGCCGUUUGAAGAAAACUGUUCGUGUACGCCGGAAAACAUGGCCAAAGCUGGCUUCAUACACACUCCUUCAGAUAACUGCCCGGACAUCGCCAUGUGUUUCUUCUGCCUCAAAGAGCUGGAGGGCUGGGAGCCAGACGAUGACCCAGAAAAGGAGCACAAAUCUCAUUCGGCAGCCUGCCAGUUCAUCGCUUUGAAGAAGAAAGUAGAAGAGCUGAACGUGGAGGAAUUCCUUAAACUACAUAGGGAGAAGCAAAAGUUCCAGAUUAUAAAAUCCAGUAAGGACGACUUCACCAAAUUUGAAGGGGCAGUCAAACAGAGACGAGCAGAACUCAUUAAGACGGCCAAGGGGGAGGAGUGACACGAUGACGGAUGCAGAUGAAUGAGAAGAUUAGUUGUAGCUGGCUGACUUGAUUGAUAUCCGAGAUUCCUUGAUGUCUUCUUUGUAACUGUCAUAUUUUAUGUAGUCUUUUUUUUAUCAGAUUUUAAUCAAUAAACAUGUUCUUUCUACCUUCA